AUGACGAUAUCGGAGAAAGUUUUUACCAAAUUCAAGGUUUCAAUGAAACAAAUCGUUACAACAUUGAAACAAUCGAACAAUACCUUUACUAGAAAUCCACGAAUAUCGAUUGCCUUGAGUGGUGGAGUUGACUCGAUAGUCUUACUUGAUUUACUACUAAAAUAUAGAGAGAGGUAUCUGCGUGGAUUGACCAUCCAUGCAAUAACUAUUGAUCAUGGACUUCGCAGGGAGAGUGCCAAUGAGGCGCUGUUGUUGAAUGAUAUCCUUUUGACAAAAAAUAAGUUACCUAUAAUACACCAAAUCUUGAAAAUAAAUGAAACUAUCAGUGAAAGCCAAAUUGAGAGGCAUGCAAGGGAACUGCGAUACAAACUAAUGUAUCAAUAUUGUUCCUCCUCCAAAAUACCUUUUCUUUUUAUGGGACAUCAUUUAGAUGAUCAAAUGGAGACUUUUAUGAUCAGGCUGCAGUCAAACUCGACUUUAUUUGGAUUGAUGGGUAUGAAGAUGGUUACACCGGCUAAUUUAAGGGAUACUCAUAAGAUCGAUCUGAUCCGUCCACUGCUGAACAUCAGGAAAAAUGAAAUAUAUAGCUACGCAAAAGAGAACCAAUUAAAAUGGUUUGAGGAUUACACCAAUGAUGAUGUAACCUUAACUAGACGUAACAGAAUAAGAUCAUACUUGAGACAGAAUGAGGCCAACUGUGAUACGCUUAUUCAACUACAUGAGAAAACGGUUAAGCUGAUGAAUGAAAGUAUCUAUAAGAAACUGAACGAUUUAAAACAUAGUGACAAUUUCCAAAUUAAGAGUGAUUUCAUUGAGAGGUAUUACUCCAAGAGUAUCAAAAUCAAGAUACCUGAAGGCUACGAAUUCACCACUGUUGAUUAUUUAUUGUUGGAUCGAUUCUUGUACAACGAAAGUUGGACGGUGAGUCCAAGUGCUACUUUCCACUAUAAUUUUACAAAAUUUGACAAUAAAUAUUCUACAAUCGAACCUUGCAAUUCGUGCCAUAGUUUGAUUGAGGAUAUGCUUCAAAGUAGGCGGGGGAAGAGGACGUUAUCAGGAUGCUUGUUUCAAUGGGAGCUGGAUAGAGAUGGGUAUCUAAGUGUUGAAAUCUUUAGGGAGCCACCCCAUAGAAAUAGUAUUAACAAUGCAACUGUUUAUAACAUAAAAAGCUUUCCCUAUUUCUAUGAUAACCGGUUUUUUAUUAAGCCACUAAACCCUCAUGUCCCAUUCAGUUACGAUAUUCAACCUUUGACUCGUUCGAAUAGCAAAAAAUUGGUUCAUGAAGUCGACGAUCUAAAUAAACUGAUUGCUGUCAGUGCCCCUGUUAUUAGCAGUAAGAGUACAAGUGAUGGUGUGGCGUUGUUGGUGGAGGCAGGAUUUGAAGUUGUCCCGAAACGAGAAAUAGCUGCUUGA